AUGGAUAAAUUUGUUACUCGUUCUGUUGACAAUAAUGCGUCGGUAAGUCAACCACCAAAAAAAAAAAAAAUAAAAUACAGUAAUAUUCGUCAGUAUCACGAAGAUUACUUAAAAAUGGGAGUUUCUUGUACUGGUGAUACAGAUAAUCCUCGUCCAUGGUGCGUUGUAUGUGGUGAAAAAUUGUCAAAUAAAGCAAUGGUGCCCAGUAAACUUAAACGUCAUUUGUUAACUAAACAUUCACAUUUGAUCGACAAAAAUAUAACAUAUUUUCAACGUUUAUUAAAUUCACAAAAUAAACAAAGUAAAAAUAUGACAACAAUUGUAAAAAUUUCUGAUAAAUCUCAAGAAGCGAGCUAUGUAGUAGCAGAGCGUGUGGCUAAAACAAUGAAACCACAUACAAUAGGUGAACAGUUAAUUUUACCCGCUUGCCGUGAAAUUGUAAAAAUAUUUUUUAGAAUAGAAGCUGAACAAGAAAUAUUGAAAAUUCCUUUAUCUGAUAAUACAAUAAGUAGGCGCAUAAACGACAUGUCCGAAGAUAUUGAGCAGCAAGUAUUACAUAAGUUAGGCGAUUCUCGUAUAUUUGCGCUGCAAGUAGACGAAUCUACAGAUAUAAGUGGAAAAUCACAGCUUUUAGUUUUUGUGCGCAUAGUAGUUGAUGACGAUAUUAUUGAAAACUUUUUUUGUUGUAAAACAUUGCACGAAACAACGAGAGGUGAAGAUGUUUUUAAAGUUUUGGACGAUCAUUUAUUAUCAGUAAAUUUAUCAUGGGACAAUUGUAUUGGAAUAUGCACUGAUGGUGCACCUUCAAUGACUGGCUCAAUUAAAGGUUUCAUUUUUUUAGUAAAAAAAAAAAAAUUCAACAAUUAUUUUUACCUAUUGCUUCCUUCAUAG